AUGCAAAAUUAAAGCACAUCUUUCCAAACCAAUGAAUGUAAGAAUAAUGAGACGAUAAAAGGAACAAAAUAAUUUCGCUCAAAAAACAAUUAGAUAGACAAUUAAAAAGAAAAAUCAUAGCUUGAAAGUAGAAAAGAUUCAGAAGGAACUAAUUAAGGGAAUAGUAAGGCUGUAUUGAAAAAAAAGAAUGAAGAGUUUGAUGCUAAUACUUGUAUUAAAAAUCUAAUGUGUUUAUCUUUGAGUGUUAUUAAUGAAGAACUUCAAUUUAAUUGUUAGUAGCAGAAUUAGAAAGAAUAAAUUUCUGAACAAUAUAAAGUUUUAUAAAAUUGUGACUAAAACGACAUUGACUCAUUUUAAUUACCACCAACAGCAUAACCAAUCCCUGCUAAAAAAUAAAAGUCUCACAAAAAAGCUAAGAACAGGAAGAAUAAAACAGAUUCGUAAUUGAAAAUACCCAAAAAUUAAACUCUAACUCAGAAAUAGUAUCCAUAAUAACCUCAAACUCAAUAACAAUCUAAAGAAAAACAACAUAAUUAACUGACUCCUUAAGGGUCUCAUAAAAUAAAACAACAAUUAAAUUAGUAAAGAUAAAAAAAGUAGCUCAGCAACACUCAGAUUGAAAACUGUGAAUAAGAAAACAAAAAAGAUUCCGCUGACUUUGAUGCUUAAUUUAGUCAUAUUGGAGCAAGAAGUACAACUGCAGGAAAUUCAUAAUCAGAAUCAGACGAUUGUCUCUAAUAAUCAUAUGACAAUAAAUAAAUUGAAUUAAGUGGUUAAAAAUUAUCAAGCAGAGAAAAAACAAAAAAGAAGAACUAUAACAAUAAUGGAGAAAAAGUUGGUGAUAAAUAAUAUCCUCAUUCCACAUAAACCACACCCAUUAAAAGAAAACAAUUGAAUUUAGUGAAAUCUAAAACUUACGAUAUUGAUGAAUUAUCCAAUUAUAUUCAAUAAAAAAGUUAUCAAAAUAGAAUUAGAAAAUAAAUUUGUUUGAAUAGACUUAAUUAUCUUAUUUAUACCAAUUACCAUCUAAAUAUGUAUCCUUAUGGAUCUUUUGAAACCGGACUAGAUUUAGAAAUAAGCGAUGUAGAUGUCGGAAUUUGGGGAUCUUAGAACUUGAGCUAUAGUUAAAUAGUAAGUUUUCUGUAGUUAUUAAAUAAUACAUUAAAGUAGACACCAUUUUUAAUUAAAUCGAAAUUAAUUCAAAGUCAGAUGCCAAUACUCAAAUUAGAAUUGAAUCCUAAAUCAAGCUUUUAUGAUGAGGAUUAACAUAUACAAUAGAACUGGUCAUAUUUUCACUUGGAUCAAAAUGAUCAAGGUAUAAUUCAAUCAUCACAAUUCUUAGGAAAGAUCAUUUAGGUGGAUAUAACUUGGAUUUAUUAAUGGAGCAAUGUUUAUAAUAAUCCUCAUUUAGGAUUUGCUUCCACAACAAUUGUUAAAGAUUGGGUUAGUAGAUUUGUUUGGUACAGAGAUAUCAUGUUAAUUCUAAAACAUUUAGUUAAAUCAAAAAACUUAAAUGAUGCCCACACAGGUGGAAUAAGUUCAUUUUGUUUAUCAAUAAUGCUAGCCGCAAUCUACAUGUGUAAGCAUUACACUCAAAAUGACAAAAAAUAAAUUCUUCUUGACUUUUUAAAGAAGUAUGGCACUCAAUUCGACCCAUUAAAAGAGGGCAUUUAUAUCGACAGUUAUGGAUAAUAACAUCCCUUUGUAGCUUUGGAAGAAUGUCCUCCUUAUAAUCCUCUCACAAUUUAUUCCCCUAUUAAUUAUUAAAUUAUUUCUCAAAAGGCUCAUCGAUUUUUAGAUAUUUAAGAAGAAUUUAAAUAGCUUUACGAACACUUGACUAAAUCUAAUAAAAUUUAAGACUACUUUGAUUUGCCUUCAUAAGUGAAUUAACCAUUAUUUAUAUGAUUAUAUUAUGACUUAAAUUUUA